AUGGACUCGCGGGCUCGAGCCUCGCCGCAGCCCUCUACCUCAGGGGAGAGAUCCGUCGCGAGUCCUGGCGAACGUCAGGAAGAAAGCCCAGACGAAGCGGCCCUCUGCCUGUUUGCUCCGCCACGCCCCCGGAGCACCUCUGUGCCCGCCGCGGCCGCGAGCGGGGUCCCCGAGGCGCGCCACCCCGCGGCGAGCGGGCGCCCCGCGCCCUCAGGGAGAGGCCCGGCAAGGCCCAGAGCCGGGCUUCGACGCGGGGCGGGCGCGGCUCCCGGCGCGCAGCCGGGGUCGCCACCCUCCCGGGACCACGGCCGCCGGGCGCCCACGGACCCGGCCCAGGGCGGCCGUCUGGAGGCCCACCUGAGGCUGGCUCUCGGCCGCGAGGCGCGUCUGUGGCGGGGCGGCCACCCCCAGGUACCGGCCCCCCGGGCGGGGGCUUCCGGGAGCACCCGCACCCCCUCCCCCAGCGCGCACGCGCCCACCUGCACCUGCGCUCAGGCUCCCACCACUGCUGGAGAGAGUCUGACCACUCGUGGCCCUCUCCCUCUCCAGCAGGAGAUCCGCCAUGCCUUCAAGGAAGUUGUGCUGUGGCUCCUGAGGCAGGAUAACAUCUUUGACUUCUCUGAGGCCACUAUUAACUUGGCUCUCACCAUCCUCAGCCGCCUCCUGGUUUCCGUAAAAGUCAAAGAGAGGCUACUGGAAUGUGUCACAAUUACUUCCUUGAGACUUGCAGCAAAGGUUCAUGAAGAAGAUGAGGUAAUUCCACAUGUAAAAGACUUCAUAAAGCACUAUGGCUCUAAGUAUACUCCAAGUGAGUUGCUGAGGAUGGAGCUGGCUAUUUUGGACAAACUGCACUGGGACCUCUAUAUCGGGACGCCGCUGGACUUCUUAACCAUAUUCCACGCCCUGGUGGUCCUGGACUGGCCCCAAGUGAUGGAGCUGCUGCCUCAGAGGAAUCCUUCCCUCCACGUCGAAUCCCUGACCAGGCAGCUGCAGCACUGUAUGGCGGGCCACCAGGUGCUGCAGUUCAAGGGCUCCACACUGGCCUUGGUCAUCAUCACCUUAGAGUUGGAGAGGCUCAUGCCCGACUGGUGUACUCCUAUAUCUGAUCUGCUAAAGAAAGCACAGGUCAAUAUCGAACAGUUUAGCUGCUGCAAGGAACUUGUAAAGCAGCAGCUGAGAAGUUUAUAGUCAUCCUCCUGCACAACUUCCUAUUUCACCUGCCAGCCUCUGCACCCCUACCCCAAUGCCCUUCAGAGUGUAAUAGUAACUCCUUCCUUGAACCCCUCAAAACUCCAGGCUUUAUCAAUCCUGUAACAAAAAAAAAGUGGCCCUGGAAGAGCAACUGAAAAAAAAAAAGCAAGUCCUUAGAAGAAAAUAAGGGCACAGUCACUAGAGGUAAAGGUAGUCUGACAGAUCCCAACCCUGCACCCUCCCUCCCUUGGGCCUGAGACCAGAGAGCAUGAAUGAAAGCUCCUAUUGCAGCUUGACCUUCCUUCCUCACCCAGCAGAGGCUGGUAUUGGUCCCUAAGAGAGCUGGAGGCCAGAGGUAGAUCAUGCAUAGGGCUGAUGGGCUGGGACUAGUUCUGACAGAUCUGUUCUUACUGUUCUAUUUUCAAGAGCUAGCCAGAUCCUUCCAGUUUCCCAGUCUAUAUUCCAAGCAUAGGCGCAGCACUUCAUGGCCCAACAACCCUGCCCGCCACAGCAAAAAUGGGACAGUCUCUCCAGAUAUAUUUACACCGACAUGGCCAUCACUGUGUCUUCUUUACAGAAGGGCUGGCUUAUAAAGUAUGCUUUAAUACACCGUCACUGAAUCAAGCUGUAGCAUGUUUUUCUUUUGUUAUUCUUUAGCAAAGUCAUUUAUUAGCCCAGCCAAAGGAAUUUUUCCAGUAAUUAAUGGCAUAAAAAGGUGACCCCUGUGAUGGGGAGGCACAUUCUGCGAGCUUUCUGUUGAGAUGAGCAGGUUCUGGGAUGGAGCCUGCUCCAACCACUGCACAGCUAGGUGGAGGAGGAGGUUGCUAGCUAGCAUGGCUGUGAGGGAGACGCCAGCUGCCUCUCUGAAGUUGUGACACUAUUGAGCCAUUCUCUAAGCAGUGG